AAAGUAAACAAAUGUAGCAAGCCAAAUCAUGGCAAGCUCCAUUUCAAGUGGUUUUCGUGAGGAUUGUUCCGAAUUUUUGUGUGAUUUUGCAAAAUUGAAAGCAACAGAUUAUCAAACAUUUAGUCAAGAAUGGAAGAGAACCAAUUUCCAGUAUAUUUUUUUCGGGCGGAAUACCGAUGCAGAAAUGGCAGAAUAUUUAGGAGAAAUCUUUUAUAAAGUGAAAAGAAUGUUUAUCGCCUCAAAUAAUCCAUUCGAACGAAUAGGAUCGUUUUACCUACUCUAUACGUUGUAUUUUAAACAGCCGUUAUUUAUGUUCAGCAAAAUACGACUGACUUUGACAGAGUGGCGUAUGAUGAAAACAUUUGCAAAGUAUCCUUACAAUGAGAAAGAAUUGCCGCAAAUAACAGUUAUCCUAUGGAAAAUGUUCAAAUCAGAUGCAUUUCGUUUCGUACAAGACGAACUAGAACGUGGAUUCGAUCGAUUUUAUUUAAAAAGCUUUGGAACGAGUUAUGACAGUUCAAGUUCGUACAGGACAAUCAGAGAUUUGGAAAAAGAGCUACAAACAUUGACGGCGCCUGAUGGAUUGAUAAAUGCCAUGGAAAUUUUGGAAAUGGGUUAUAACGAAAUGAAGGAAGCCCUGGACGAUAAUGGUGUAACCACGGCUGAGACAAUAAUUGAUGAUAAAAUUCCACAAUCAUCGUUGAUAAGAACAAUGCAUCAGGAUUUAGACUUGUUUAAGCGCAUGCUUUACAAUAACGAAACCCAGGGUUCAUCUCGCAUAGAUGCAAAUGUGGUAAAAAACGACAAUGACCCCGUGGGAGCCAAACGUUAUGCAUUAAGAAGGAAGGCUUACAAACGAGAAAUUAAAAAGAAGAUGUUUCGCAUUGCCGGCAAGGUCAGUCCUCUCUUUUCUGAGGAAUCGGAUGAUCAAAUUUCAUCUUCUACAUUAGAGAAAUUAACAACAAGAAAUCACCAGAAGGAAGAUGAUUUCGAAACUAGCGCAAUUCGAAACAUUCGUCACAGCAUGUUGAAAUUAAGUGAUCAUAAAACGGAAAAUAGCUAGUGGAGUCAUAAAGCGCGUGGCCACGGAGUUGACAAAAUGUUGAAAAAAAUUUCAACUUUGUUGUCAAUGUUGUUAAUUGGUUGUCAACUACAAAAAAGAGCUUUUCUCGUGGUCGCAACAAAAAUAUACACAACAACGAUAAAAAGCUCAAACAUCCGAAUAUCAUCGAUAUUUUGUUUAAGAAGUACUAAAUAGGUACAUAAAUCAAUCAGAAACAUGCAUUUUAGCAUCAUUAUGAUAGCAAUGGGCUCAGUUAGUUAGUUAGUUCUUUUAUUUCCAUUUUUAAAUUUCAUUAGUAUGAACAAUUGUUUGAAAUCUUACGCGAUAAUGGGUACGAAACUAUUGUCUCUUCUCAUUGAAUUCUAUGCUUAAUGGCAAUCUUGGCCGGAAGAACUUAGUAGAUUUCUAACAAUUGCAAAAUUAAGGAACAAUUUAAUUAAGGGGAAAAUACAAUUUGAAUUGAAACCCCCUUGGAUAAAUACAAGACUUAAAUUAA